UAAAAGGUAUAUCCACUCCGACUCAAAAUUGGAUGCUCCUUCAAUUAACUUGCCCUACGUCAGGCAUGGUCAUUCCCUCGUUCUGAAGGGAAAGUUUUGUACGUUGGUGAUACUUCGAAAAAAAAGGUGACCAAAUUGGUUCUUACCUCGAUUUCCCUUCUGGCAGAACUUUCUUGUUCUUUCAAUUCUCUUCCCUUUUCCCUCACGGACCCCUCCGUAAGCCUCCGUCGAUACCGCCCUUUGUCAACAAUACGACCGGAUCGCGAUAGUGCUCGAGCGUGUUGGCCGCUCUCGUGAACAGAGAGAGGCUCGCCCUCAAUCCUUCAAACGCUUCGAAUCUCUCUUCGAAUCUCUUGCUAAAUCGGGUGACCCGAACAAUUACGAACGUCACUCACAGUCAUGUCUCGGGUUCUCGCGGGCUUCUGACUCUGGCUUCCUGCCAGAUAACUUGGCUUUGCAUAAGGUCCUCUUCUGACCAAGAACCAAAUUUCGAUAUACGCCAGCUUGUUCCGUCUAGGACGCGUUUGCGCCCUAGCUAAACUACACAUAUCUUCUUUUCGAUCCGAAAGACUUCCUACCCGAUGCCAUCCUCGCAAUUGAGCACAGCGCCUGUCUCUUCACAACAAUGGACGACGAUACUAGCAGAUUAGCCCCUCCGGCUGUUAGCUCGCUUCGUGCACAAGCUAUCGGCCGGUCAAUGGAAAGGUCUCUAAGUGCUGACAUUAGAGAGGAGCGUGAGGAACUUCGUGAGGCUGCGGAGCAGACGUUGAACGUUAUCGUCGACCUUAACCUCGAUGGCACCAUUCGGUGGGUCAGCCCCUCGUGGGCCGAUGUUGUUGGGACACAACCGAAUUCCGUCGAAGGCACUCCUAUUGGCGAUUUGAUCAUUAGCGAGGACAAGUCUGCGUUUACCGAAGCUGUUGCUUCGAUGAGAGAGGACGAUUCGCGUAGCAAGUAUAUCCGUUUUGCUGUUGCACUGGGGCCCUUGUCUAAGCUGUAUCCCGUGGAAGAAUGCAAAGAGCCUGAGGACAAUGGCAACGGUCUUACCACUGUUGAGCUUGAAGCCCAAGGAAUUAUGGUCUAUGAUCGUACUACUGGGAAUGAAAGUCAUACAAUGUGGAUGAUUCGACCAUGGAUUGCACCUCGAGAGAUCAAAAUCGAUCUUGCGCCACUGCUUGUAGAGUCUCUUGGCUCAGGCGCUGAAGUCCUUGCUAGUUAUCUUACUCAACUGGCCGAAUCUGGGAACGAGGAUCCUGCCAACCACCCACCCCCGCUUCCAGUUCUUUGUCGUAUUUGCGAGCGCCAAAUACCACCUUGGUGGUUUGAGAAGCAUACAGACUUGUGCCUCCAAGAGCAUCGAGCGGAAAUGGAUGUCCAGAUGGCCCAGGAAAACCUAACCGAACAUCGUCACGCCAUCGUUAAAGUAUUAGAUGCCUUGGAAGCACGCAAAAGCCGUGCCCUAUCGGAUAUCCCCGCAUCGCUUCCCGUUGCCGAAUACAAGGGCCUGCCAAUUGGGCCAUCUUCUAGUACGUCUUCUCCCGGGGCAGCGUCGCCUACACCUUCGUCAAGGGAUCGAUCAACGGGUUAUGCCCAUUCCCGCUCUAGAUCUUUUGCUGUACGACGUCCUCAAGCUCGCAUUGUUGAGCUGCUUUUGGACCUUUGUGAUACCGCUAUCGAGAUUAGUACUCCAGCAAUUAAAGAAUCUUCAUCUCAAGGUACUGGUGAGUUUCGUACACAGUCGCCACAAUCAGAGUCUCGUAUAUCGCAGGUGCUCCAAUGGCAAUCUCCUGGUUCGAACACCCUUGAUCAGGAGCAAGGUUUAGCUUUGUUGUGCGCAGAAACCGAGAAGGUUGCUAAAGAGAAAGUCGAGGCUGUAUUCCGUCAUAGGAGAAUAAUCGAAUACGCAGAAAGGAUACGGGUCGAGUUCACUGUGAUUGUUGAAACUUGCAUUGAAGAUGCGAUGCGCAAAGCGGCACGAAUCGCGGCUGGUCUGAGCGACUCAACUGAGGACGAAGAAGGCGACGAAGACGAAGAAGACGUUGAAGAAACUCCAGUGGUGCAAGAAGAACCUAUGUUCCCUGGAUCUUUUGAUACGCCGUCCACCUUGGCAGUUGCCCUCAAGAAUGUGGUUUUAAGCGAUACAGAUGAUAGGAAACGCCCAUCUUCGGUCAUUGAAUCGACAAGGUCCAGUAGCCCGCGGGAAUGCCCAACGCCAAGGUCCCAUCGCGAAGUGUUGGGGACAACUGGCCAGUCUCGGGAUUCACGACGAGGCUCUACCUUACUUGAUCAUGAUGCUGGAGAUAGCGACGGUAGUGGUAGGUCUGCCUCCGUGGCGCGCCAACCACCCCGAACCGACUCUCCCAUGUCCGAAUUGAGUGACCUGCGACGUGCUACUAGUGCGCGGCAGCAUCAUAGGCGAAGCCUCAUUCUUGCCGGCACGUCUUCGCCUCAUCGCCAGGAGUCGCCUUCCAGAGUCACCCAGCCAUCGUCGCCGCUUCGAAUCCAUAAGCCUAGAAAUCUUCAAUAUUCGCAGGAGGGUGUCGCUUCUCCCGAGGCAUCUCCCAUGCUCCCCGGUAGUGAAUUUAGCUCUCCUGCUAUUAUUCCGCACCAUCGUCGACAGUCUUCCGCGGCUUUAUCAGAGUUUCCAAGUCGGCCAGCUACAUCGCCACGCCUGAACGCCGUGAAUCAUGCCCCAAUGGCACGUGCUGUCCCGCCAUCCAUCAAAGACUUUGAAAUCAUCAAGCCAAUCAGUAAGGGCGCUUUCGGUAGUGUCUAUCUGUCCAAGAAGAAGUCCACAGGCGAAUAUUUCGCCAUCAAGGUCUUAAAGAAGGCGGACAUGGUAGCCAAGAACCAAGUCACCAAUGUCAAAGCCGAAAGAGCUAUUAUGAUGUGGCAAGGGGAGAGUGAAUUUGUUGCAAAGUUGUAUUGGACAUUCUCAAGCAAGGACUACUUGUACCUUGUGAUGGAGUAUUUGAAUGGCGGGGAUUGUGCCUCUCUUAUUAAAGUCCUUGGUGGUCUACCUGAAGAAUGGGUAAAGAAGUAUCUCGGUGAGGUUAUCCUUGGGGUAGAGCAUCUGCACGACCGAGGCAUAAUUCAUCGUGAUCUUAAGCCCGAUAACCUACUGAUCGACCAAAAAGGACACCUCAAAUUAACCGAUUUUGGACUGUCGCGUAUGGGAUUGAUUGGACGCCAGAAGAGAGCCUUGAACAGCGGAACUAACGAACCUACGCCGGACUUGCUAAAGACAGGCCCGUUUGUUCGGUCAACUUCGGUUGCGUCCUCCCGGUCAACUUCGUUGGAUUUCCAUGGCAGUCACCAUUCCCCCUCUACGACACCCCAGAUUACCCCUGACAAUGGAGUUGGACAACCGUCAUAUUUUAAUCUGUCACAAAUUCAUCCAGAACCACGCCGCAUUUCCGGCCAACGUAGCGACAGUGGUGGGAGCGAGACAUUAACACAUAUGAUGGGAAACUUCUCUUUGAAUGACCCUCAGCAUAGUCAGUCGAGUUUACGGUCUCCGCGUGAUGAUGGCAGCGAGACUGGAAAUGCUUCCCCUGACCUUCCGUCGCUUCACCAGACCAAUAGCCAGAAUAGCGACGUACAUAGGAAUACCCCGCCUCAGUCGAGUAUGAUGCCUCCUCCGAUGGCUUUGUUUGACCCUGAUGAUACUAAUCGUCGGUUCGUGGGCACCCCCGAUUACCUUGCACCCGAAACGAUUAAGGGUGCUAGACAAGAUGAGACUAGUGAUUGGUGGUCAGUUGGGUGUAUCAUGUUUGAAUUUCUUUAUGGCUAUCCGCCAUUCCAUGCCACGGAGGCGGAACAAGUGUUCGAAAAUAUACUCGCCCGAAAGAUCAUGUGGCCUGAUGAGCCGGAUGACGUUUCGCCAGAAGCGAAAGACCUCAUUAACAGACUGCUCUGCAUUGAGCCCCAGCAGAGACUGGGUGCUAAUCGCGAGGAAAAGUACGCUUCUGGCGGAGAAGAGAUUAGAAACCAUCCUUGGUUUGAGGGCAUUAACUGGGAUACACUGCUCCAAGAUGACGCUCAGUUCGUUCCCCAGCCGGAAAAUCCUGAAGAUACGGAGUACUUCGAUGCCCGCGGCGCUACUUUGCAAUCGUUUACCGAGGAGAUAGAAGACCAAGCAUCUCCUCCUUCUGCGCCAACACCGGAUUAUGCCGAUCGCCCACACGACGCUCUCUCUCGUGUCCGUUCUCAAGUGCAGGUCAACCAGAUCAAACGGGGCCUAAUGCCACUGCACAUACCUCCCCACAUCCGGGAUCUGAAGAGUCGACGACUUAGUGAGCCAGUGGCUUCAGACGAUUUUGGAACGUUUGCCUUCAAGAAUCUUACAGUUCUUGACAAGGCUAACAAAGAUGUGAUCCAACAGCUGAAAGCCCAAGCGAUGGCAGCACAGAACAGAUCUGGAACGAGUCCGGGAGGUAAUAACCCGACAUCUCCGUCUCCAGCUCUUGAAGGCAGUCCAGUUAUGGCUAUACCAAUACAGCGCAACUUGUCAAAUGCCAAAGCAUCUGCAUCCCAACGCCCUGCGUCGCCAUCCACGGCUAGUCACGCCAAUUCGUCCCCAAGUCGCGCUUCGCAACCAUCCUCGCCGCUUCUCGUGUCUUUCCAUGCAGGCCAGGGAGCCGAGGGUCGUAGAAAAGCUUCAAGUAAUUCUUCCAGCUUGUCACAACAAUCGGGAUCUGGUUCUUUGCAACCUGGAAGCUUUUUCGAUGCGCCGCGCACUACUCCUAGUCUACAAAAGUCAGCAAGUGCUUCCGCUGCCGCCGCCGUUGCUGCCGUAUCUCCCGUGAAGGGUAAAGGCGCGCCGCCUCCGCCUCUGCCACUUUCCCCACAGAAGUCAGUAGGGACUCCAAGACAAGCGAGCGGAUCUUCAACACGAUCGCGCUCUCUGACUGUAGGUUCUCAAGAAGGUAGUCCCGUGGCAGCUGACCUUCUUGCACACCAUCGAAAUCGCCGAAGCCAGGUGUUCGAUAUGUCUCCUUCAUCAUCGGAUAACGAAGGCGAGAGGGCAAAUGCUCUGCUUAAAGUGCAGCGUCGGCGCCAAUCUUCUCGUCGGAUGUCGGCCAUUAUGCUUGACAGCCCGUCCUUCCGUUCUCUAGAUGUUUUAAUAUGCGAAGAUCACCCAGUUUCGCGAAUGGUUAUGGAGAAGCUACUCGAAAAGCUUCGUUGUCGCACUAUUUCUGCAUCGACAGGUUCCGACGCAGUUCGAUACGCCGUGAGUGAAAUCAAGUUUGACAUAAUCUUCACUGAAUUCAAAUUGCCGGAAAUAAGCGGAUCGGAUGUUGCUCGAAUGGUUCGCGAAGUUAAGAAUGUCAACGCCCAUACACCUAUCGUGGCAAUUACCGCUUAUCUGAAGGAGCUUCAGGCUCCUCAUUAUUUCGACUCUCUCAUCGAGAAACCUAUUAGCUCUUCGAAACUGAUUGAAGUUCUUUCCAAUCUUUGCCAAUGGAAGCCGCCUUCGCCAGGUCAAGCCCAAGCGAUGCCGAUACUCAAUCCUAUCUCUAGUGCAAAACUGAACUGCGCACGCUUGGGGGAUAGUCCCACGUCGGGGUCAUCUGGAUUCGCUCACCCUGGAAGUAGCAGCUUUAGAGGCUCUAGUAGGGAAGAUUCUAUCAGUUCCAGCUUUUUCGGUGACUCUGAAUCUGCAACCACCGACGAGAUACCUGUGGUGGUCAGUCGCAAAGCUACAGGGGAGUGGGGUGAGGAAUCAGGCCUUGGGAUUAGCAAUGACGAGGCUGUAGCAGGCACCGGGGGAGCCUCCAAAACACCUAUUCCACUCAUUUCCCAACAGUCAGCCCCAGCUCAAAUAGAGCAACCCCGGAUGCCGGUUCCCCAACGAUCGUUGGAGAAGCUACGUUCGAGGCGUGAACACCUCGAAAAGCGGCGCCUUGAAGGUAAUGACUCCGCGGAUGAUGAAGAUGAUGAGCUCGGCACGCAUAAAGACCGCGGUUUCCGCGGUAAGCCGCUGCCUCCUAGUUCUAAACUUGGUAUCGAAAUGAUGAGAGCAAAUAGCUACGAUAGUGUUGCCAUCUCUUCUGAUACCACACUAGAGCCUGUAACACAGGUAGUGACUCCGGCAAGAGAACAGGACGUCUCGCCACUUUCGGGUGCUAGAUCGCCGCUCAAGAACUCUUUACAGACACCACCGGAAGUUUCUCCAACGUUUGGUCCGGAUACUAGCGAAGAAGGCUUGGAUAAGACGCCACGAUCAACUGCUACUGCACAAGACGAAGAAGCGGUGGAAGAACCAACACCACGACCGCCUACGAAAUCAUCCGAAUCCGGUCUUCGAGUAAAUCAAGAUUGAUGCGUUGUUUCAGUAUGCGUCUGUCAGGAACGGCGUGACGUCUCUAUUACAUUACAAUCUUUAGUCUUCUCCACAGCAAUGGCGUUUUUACGGAUUGGCGCGCUGCGUAUGCAUUCUAUUUCUUUUGUCAGGGAACCGAUAGCAAUGGAGUUUGGUAUUUCUCACUACUCGCGUGUCCGUAGUAGGCCAGCGGCGUUGGUGUCCCAAAGUCGAU